ACACCAUAUCAUCCAUAAUGGCAUUCAGUGGAACUUGGCAGGUCUAUGCUCAAGAGAACUAUGAAGAGUUCUUGAAAGCUAUUGGAUUGCCAGAUGAAAUUAUCAAAGUUGCCCCAAACAUUAAGCCUGUUAUUGAAAUACAACAAAAUGGAAGCAACUUUGUUGUGACGUCAAAAACACCCAAGCAGUCUGUAACAAAUUCAUUUACUCUUGGGAAAGAGGCUGAUAUCACCACUAUGGAUGGCAAAAAAAUGAAGUGCAUCGUUCACUUGCAAGAUGGAAAGCUUGUGUGUAAAUCAGACAAAUUCUUCCAUGAACAAGAAGUUAUAGGAAAUGAAAUGUUGGAGACUAUGACUGUUGGUUCAGCAACACUCAUCAGAAAAAGCAAGAGGGUUAAAUAAUGAGAUGACAGACUCAUUUUGUCUUGGACAUUUUUACGUUCCAAAAGCACAUUUUCCAUCAGUUGUGAUUGUUCUUAUUCUGAAAGAGCGCUACAGAAAAAUAAAGAACCAAGAUCUCUG